AGAGACUGUACUCUGGCCUCGCAAAAUGUUCGUUGAUGAGAUUUUCUGGCUCCGUCGAUGACGUGAAGGGAGGAACGUUGCAAGAUGGCAACGCACUGACGUUCUCCCCCUAUGGAGGGAGACGCUGAGUCAAAACUUACCUCAGUAGCUGUGGAAUCCCCCUUUCGAUCUCUAGGCUCUGCUUGUAAUUAGGGAAGUGGCUCAGUAGACCUCUAGAAAGUUUUUAUGAGGAUUUGGAGCCGGUUUUCUCGCCAAGACCGUGAAGAGGAUGGAGAUCGUGCUCUAAAGGACAUCUGCGAUCUCGCUAUGGAGACAGAAGAUGUGGAUUUCUCCCCUCGCUUGGCCCUAGUGAACGCCGAGGUCUUAGAGAGGGAAGAUGACCCGCCAACUUGGUGUCUCCAAUGUCGAUCUCGAUCCGCGAUAUCCAUUGUCGGCCUAGAUCGAAGCCAGAGCUCCUGCCCGCAUAUGUCCUUGAUUGCAGAUGAAGGCAACCAAGAGGUGACAUUUGUGGAUGGUGAGCUGGGGGAUGGGGUUCAUGAAGCGAGCUUCUCUCACUGUCAUACCAUCCACCAUCCUCGAGCCAUCAACCACAGGGUCCAGACCCAGCUCCUUAUUGCCUGCUUCCUUUGUCUUCUCUUUAUGGUGGGAGAGGCUGUUGGGGGAUACCUAGCUAAUAGCCUGGCUGUGAUGACUGAUGCUGCUCACAUGCUCUCUGACUUUGCCUCUUUUCUCAUCAGCCUUUUUGCAUUCUGGCUUGGAAAACAGAGACCCACUCGCCGGAUGUCUUUUGGUUAUCAUCGAGCUGAGAUACUUGGAGCCUUGGUGAGUAUCCUGAUGAUUUGGGCAGUGACAGGGGUCCUUGUGUAUAUGGCUGUGAUACGGGUCAUCCGCCAGGACUUUGAGGUUGAUACAGAUGUUAUGCUGAUUGUAUCAGCUACUGCUGUGGCCAUGAAUGUCAUCCUGGGGUUGGUUUUGCAUGGAAUGUGCCACCUGCCAGGAAUUUCCCAUGGUCAUUCUCAUGACCACUGGCAUGGUCAUCCACAUCACAAAAGUUCUCGAAACAUCAAUGUGAGAGCUGCUCUCAUCCAUGUUCUCGGGGAUCUUCUUCAAAGUGUUGGCGUUCUCAUUGCAGCAUUUAUCAUACACUACAAGCCAGAGUAUAAGCUGGCUGACCCAAUCUGCACCUUUGUCUUCUCCGUCCUGGUGCUUAUGACGACCACGUCGGUGCUGCGCGAUGUUAUGCUUGUCCUCAUGGAGGCUACACCUCGUAGCUUGGAUUUCUCCUCCAUUGAAAAAGACCUAAGUGAUGUGCAGGGGGUGCGACUGGUGCACAACCUCCGCGUGUGGUCCCUCACGCUUGACAAAAAUGCUAUUGCUGUCCAUCUUGCUAUUGGUAAGUCUAUUGAUGACACGUCGAAUGCCACCGGAGUGCUGCAGGAGGCAACCCAGGUUGUGAGGCGGAAGCAUUUGGUCCACAGCUGCACGAUCCAGGUGGAACCGUUCCAUUCAGAAAUGGCUACCUGUGCCGACUGUGAAGUGCCGAAGUGAGACAAGAACUUGACUGCUGAGACGAGGAAACUGUUGACUGGAGUCUUUCACAACAUGAUUGGAAUUCGAGAUGACCAAUAUCUUCAUUGUUGAUGUCUGAUUCCCAGCCUGGAGUUAUUGGUAGAAGAGUGAUAUUUUUGAUACAUUUUGGAUUUCCUGUCAGAAGGUGACAAUAUGUUGAAAAAACCUGUAUCCAACGCUUGAUUUGUGUUUUAUGUUUUUGAGUCUGGCAAUACCGGUUGUAUGGAGAAUCAUUGGAGUGUCUUAUUUUGAAUUUUGCAGCAAGCCAUAGCAGAGGAUUAAUUUAGAAUUGUAUGCCAAUGCCAGUUUCCAACCAAGGGAUUGCCUCUUUGAGGCUCAGAUGAAUAUGCUUCCUUACAUGAGAAAUUGCCAAAAUUAUGACAUCUCAAGAGAGAUUGUACUGUCACAAUAAAAUUGAGAACAAAUUGUUACCAGAAUUGUCUAACAUAUUUGGUAUCAAAUCCUUAAUAAAACUCUGAGGGACACUGAAAAUGUUCAUUAGUCCCAUCUAGUAAUUUUUCAUGGUGUGGUAUGCCUUGAAAUGUCCCACACAAGUUUGA